AGCUCCUCCAGGGUCUCUUCCCGCCAUGCCGUGGGCACGCACAAACCGGCGACUAACCCGACUGCAGCGGCCGCAGAAAACCCCGGCGCCCGGGAAAACCACCGGAAACGCAUGUCAAGCGUCGCUGCGCAUUCGUUCUCGGUAUAAAGCGGUCGGCAUUGACGACGGCGAGCUCGCGUGCGUGCUAUAGUUAGGUGGUUCGUAGUUCAUGCAAGGUUGCUCUGUGUCUCUGAACGCCAUGAAGCUGCCCCUGCGCAGCGCGCUGCUCUUCCUCGCCGCCCUCCUCGCCGUCACCGCCGUCGUGCCGGUGCUCCUCUUGGGUGAGGUGGACGACGAGGAGGCCGGUGCCGGAGCCGUCGCCCCGGCGCUCCCCUUCUACUCCUCGCGCGUCAAGGCCGUCUCGUGGCAGCCAAGGAUCUUCGUGUACAAGGGGUUCCUCUCCGACGCCGAGUGCGACCACCUCGUCAAGCUGGGGAAGAAGAAGGUGCAGCGGUCGAUGGUGGCGGACAACGAGUCCGGCAAGAGCGUCAUGAGCGAGGUGCGCACCAGCUCCGGCACGUUCCUCGACAAGCGCCAGGAUCCGGUGAUAAGUAGGAUUGAAGAGAGGAUUGCGGCAUGGACAUUUCUUCCUGAAGGUGAACGAGCUUCAAAAGUUCAGUCUGUUUGCUUCUUACAUUGUUUGUUCAGGCAGAAGUCUUUGACAUGUAACCAACCCGUGAUUUCAUCAGAGAACGCUGAGAACAUUCAGAUACUCCGCUACGAGCACGGUCAGAAGUACGAGCCGCACUUCGAUUAUUUCCACGACAAGGUCAAUCAGGCGAGGGGAGGCCACCGGUAUGCGACGGUGCUCAUGUAUCUGUCCACUGUCGAGAAAGGAGGCGAGACCGUGUUCCCGAAUGCCAAGGGGUGGGAGUCUCAGCCCAAGGAUGACACUUUCUCUGAGUGUGCACAGAAAGGAUUGGCAGUGAAACCGGUGAAAGGUGACGCAGUGCUCUUCUUUAGUCUUCACGUCGAUGGUGUCCCAGACCCGCUCAGCCUCCAUGGGAGCUGCCCGGUCAUCAAAGGCGAAAAAUGGUCUGCGCCAAAGUGGAUCCACGUAAGGUCAUACCAGGAUCCCCCGGUCCUGAAGGAGGAGAGCGAAGGAUGCUCUGACAAGAGCGAGUAUUGCGCGCAAUGGGCUGCAGUGGGCGAAUGCGAGAAGAACCCGGUGUUCAUGGUAGGCGCCGAGGGAUCGCCUGGUCAGUGCCGAAAGAGCUGCAACGUCUGCGACUCAUAGACCGUUUUGCAUUUUCUUUCAAAAUUCAGCGUGGGCGUCACUUAUGGAUACCUGAUGUGUACAUAAUUAGAGAAAUUUCCCAGAUGAAAUUAGGAGUAUUUGCGUUUUCAGACAGUGAACAGUAGUAAAGAUAGAUGCUGCCUUUCAUUAGUCAUUACGUUUUGA